GGAACUCACUGAAAUUAGAAAAAUAAUGCUCCGAAUUUUGGAUACCAUAUUCCUUUUGUAUUUUGUUUCUCAUAUACCGAUAACUGUUUUAUUUGAUUCUCAGGUGAUAUUCCCAGCAUGGCUGUAUCCGAAAGUGCUUUUGGAUGUGAAGAUGAAGUACUGUGAAGAUUUUAAAGAUGUUCUUAUGGCUGAUCCCCCUCCAUGGUUCAAAUCCUUUUGCUAUUGUGAAAUCCUUGUGCAAUUUCCUUUCUUCUUCAUAGCAACAUAUGCUCUGUGGAAAGGUGUCCAGAAGUGUCAAUGGGUGCGAGUGCCCUUUAUUGUUUACUCCACACACGUUGCCACAACAACUGUUGCCAUAUGCUACCAUAUUCUUAUGGAGAUCUUCAAACACCCUAAAUACCCAGGACCAGAAACACUCCGAGAGAGACUUUUCCUCCUGGCAAUAUAUUUUCCAUAUCUUAUAAUUCCAAUAUUACUUUUACUUGAUUCUCUUUUUAGCAAAGAGUAUACUAAGAAAAUUAAACAUUCUUAGACUUU